AUGGGUGGAAAGCUGGAAGAUAUAGGAGAAUUGGUUUUAUUAAUUGGAGAUUUUCAUUCUCCAAUUAGAAACUUAGGGUUGCCAGAUUGUUUUAAAGAUCUUUUAAAAACAGACAAAAUAAAGCAUGUUCUAUGUACUGGAAAUGUUGGAUCUAGCGAAAAUUUAGAGUUACUUAAAAAUAUUGCUGAUUCUGUUCAUAUAACUAAGGGAGAUAUGGAUGAUAAUUAUGACUUUCCAGAGGAAAUUUCUCUUAAUAUUGGAGAUUUUAAAAUAUCAUUAAUUCAUGGUCAUCAAAUUAUUCCAUGGGGAAAUAUGAAUUCUCUUUUACAAUGGCAAAAAAAGUACGACAGUGACAUAAUUAUUAGUGGUCAUACACAUAAAAAUUCUAUCGUUCAAUAUGAAGGGAAAUAUUUUAUUAACCCUGGAACAGCAACUGGAGCUUUUCAACCUUGGUUAACUGAGUCUAUUCCAAGUUUUAUAUUAAUGGCUGUCGCAAAGAACUCCAUUGUUGUAUAUGUUUAUGAAGAAAAAUAUGGAAAAACAAACGUUGAGAUGAGUGAAUUACGUAAGUAA